AUGUCGCGAGACGCGGUCGACGGCGUCGCGACGCCCGUGCGCUUCGCCUCGCUCACGGACGCCACCGAGCGCGACCUGCGCGCGCUCAACGCCGUCCUGUUCCCGGUGCGAUACGGCGAUGCGUUUUACGACGAUUGCAGACGCGCGGGGGGGUGCACGCAGCUCGCGUACGCGAUGGACGAGCGCGGAUCCGGAUCCGCGACGACGACGACGAUGACGCUCGCGGGCGCGAUCGCGUGUCGGUUGGAGAUGAACGCCGCGAGCGACGGGGCGAAGUUGUACAUCAUGACGCUCGGCGUCUACGCGGGACGGAGGGACGGGAAGAUUGGGUCGAGGCUUUUGACGCACGCGCUGAAUGUGGCGUCUCGAGACGCGUUCGUGAAGGAGGCGUACUUGCACGUGCAAACGAAUAAUUUUCAAGCGUUCGAGUUUUACGAGCGGUUCGGGUUCGAAAAGGGCGAGGUGGUGAAGAAUUAUUACAAGCGCAUCGAACCGCCAGACGCGGUGAUUUUGAGACGCGAUUUAGGGGCGAGUUGGACGGAACGAGAGUUGGAGGGGGUGACGUUCGAUGAGGACGCGGCGUAG